AUGGCCGUCUCACUUCCAUAUCACGAGCCAGGCAUCGUCACAAUCCUUGUACAGGCAUCUUUCUUACUGCUCCUCAAUAUCACAAACUUCUUGCUUGAUCACGCCGUGUACUGCGGCCUUGUUGGGCAAAUAUUCAUAGGAGUUGCUUGGGGAACUCCCGGGGCGAAAUGGUUGAACACAGAGGCUGAAGAGACAGUCGUCCAGCUAGGGUAUCUGGGACUGCUGCUUUUGGUAUACCAAGGCGGACUCUCGACUUCUUUGAGAGCGCUCAAGGCCAACCUUUUCCUAUCCUCGUGCAUUGCCCUCACUGGCAUUAGUGCGCCUGUAGGACUUUCGUUCGUACUCCAAAAGCUCAGUGAUGCCACGCCUCUCCAGUCCUUCGCAGCCGGCGCAGCCUUGUGCUCUACAAGUCUGGGAACGACGUUUGCAGUGCUCCGCUCCACUGGACUUAUGAGCUCAAGGCUCGGCGUAGUGCUCACGAGUGCCGCCAUGAUGGAUGAUGUUGUUGGUCUCGUCAUGGUCCAGGUCAUUUCCAACUUGGGGCCAUACAGCGCGAGUAUCAGCGCUGUUACUAUCAUCAGACCGCUUCUAGUAUCUGUUGCUUUUGCAGUGUGCACUCCCCUUGUAUGCGUCUGUAUUGCCAAGCCGCUCACUAUCUGGUUGAACUCUCAGCGGAUGACGCACCCAAAAGGGGCUAUCAAUCUUCUUCUCAGCAAGGAGAAAGUACCAUGGAUCGUGCAUACUUGCAUAUUGAUUAGUUUUAUAGUUGGUUCGACAUAUGCUGGAACCUCCAACUUAUUUGCCGCCUAUAUUGCCGGUGCGUCUGUUAGUUGGUGGGAUUCGGAAGUGCCUCAUCGUUCUUGUGAGACAUUGUCCACCGAAAUACCGUUGCCCGGAACACCUUCUACGGAAAAUUUCUCUGCAGCGCAGAGUGAAAUCUCUGAGCAUUUAGAAACAAAUAACACAGAGACUCCUGAGAAUAUUGCCUCAGAGCCUAGGAAAGCAAGUUCAUCCGGACAUGUCAUUUUUGAGAAGUAUUACCUGCAGCCCCUUGAUAGGAUUCUAAAGCCAUUCUUUUUUGCUUCCAUUGGCUUCUCUAUUCCACUCACGGAGAUGUUCGACAGUUCAAUUGUCUGGAAGGGAAUCGUAUAUACCAUUCUGAUGAUGGUUGGCAAGCUGUUGUGUGGGAUCUGGCUCCUUCGCAUACCAUUCGUAUCAUGCCCUCCCAUCAAACUUGCAGCCUUCAUGAAGCGCCCAAGAUUACAAAUGUCGCAUUUUUGGGGACGAGUUCUCGAACAGCCCAAGGUGUCUCGCGGCUCGACUUCUACACCCGCAGGCCGACCCCAAGAGUCUCCAACAUCGCAGCCAAGCCAUGAAACGACCACCCAAGCGGCAGUUCCGCACUCAGAUCUAGCGGGUGCAAAACCGCGAUCAAUUUAUCCUGCCACCAUCAUAGGCUGUGCAAUGACUGCGCGUGGAGAAAUUGGCUUUCUAAUUUCGUCAAUCGCGGAGGGCAAGAAGAUAUUCUCUUCAGCUCAAGCCGAUAACGGAAAGAAUUCAGAGAUUUUUCUAAUCGUCACUUGGGCUAUCAUGCUGUGCACAAUCAUAGGCCCCUUGUCAUUGGGGCUCAUUGUGAGGCGAGUGAGGCAGCUGCAGCAUGGUGCUGAAAUAGAGGGACGGCUUGUUCGGAAAGAUGUACUUGGGGUCUGGGGCUUACUCUGA